AUGGAACGUACUUCCCAGACGAUUUAUUCACCAAUUUAUCAUUAUGGUGAUAAUACCAAAAACAAAGACACUAAAAUUGGAAAUUCAACUCACCUACAACAUGAGCUACAGGGCCAAAUUAACGGCCCAGCAUACAUGUCUCCAGCUUAUUCCCCAAGAUCUUUCAAUUCAAGUAACCCUUUCUCCGCGACUCCCACCCCCAAUAUUAGUACUAAAAGUAUAUUAAGUAACAGCAUGAAACACUAUACUAUAGAACCAUCCAAUAAAUUAAGGAAACACGUAUCCAUAGACUCUUCAGAUCCCUUUAUAAUAGGUGAACCUGAACAACUUUCUUCGGAAGAACAAUAUACUAAUGAUGAUACUUCCACAUUAAAUAUGGAACAACGUGAACAAUAUCCUCGAACUAAUUCCACCUCAGCCCACCCUAAUAGUAAUAAUAUGGAAUAUGCACCCACUAACAAUAACUUUAAGAGACAAAAAAGGCAUAAAUCUGCGCCAAUAAAUUUUUUCUCUGAAAAGAUAUCAAAUAAUUUCCACAUACUAAACCCAGCACGAUUCCAUCAAUCGGUAUCUCUAGCUUAUCCAAAUGAAGACCCAAACAAUUCGGUCUUCACUCCUUACAAUAAUUAUCAGCAUGAAAAGGAAAUGAAAAGUAAUCAUUAUACUACUACGACAACAAGCAAGCAUAAUUUCACUAAUCAAGAAGAAAAUCCAAUUACAGAACUAAAUAAACUAUCGGACCAAUUUUGGUUUACAGAUUCCGGCGUAGACGAAAAUAUCUUCGAUAUGUCUAGUGAUGAGGAAUAA